AUGGGUGCAGGCUGUAACAUUGAGCUGCUUCCAUGCUCGCUUCCUCCCUCCCCUCCAGCCUGUCCUCUUUCACCCCUAUCCCCUCUUCCACCCCCCCCUAGGACGGAGAGCAGCCCAGACACGGAGCGCGUGGAGCAGAUCGUCAUAUAUGAGUUCAUCGAUAACAGCGUCCUCGACCGCUGGAUCGGCCCGAGAAACUUUCAUGCACAUCCCAUCCACACCUAUGUGUUUGCAGGGAGCCCCCACUCCCUGGUGAUCAGAUCAACCUCAAGCAGUGGGUGGCUGCUGGCAGCGGGCGACGCAGGCGCGAUGAGGGACCCGCAGCUGGAGGCGCCGGACGACUUGGUGCUGCGCAUGGCCCGCCUCGCCCUGCGCUGCACCGCCAUGCCCACGGCCUCGCGCCCCUCCAUCAGCCGCGUGCUCGGCGAGCUGCUGGUCAUGAAGGAGGAGUUUCUCGGGCAGGAGGAGGACCGCAUGGCGGCGCGCAUUGACCGCGAGCUCGAGAGCUCCGAGAAUGUCAUCCUCAGCAUGGAGCUUGCGCAUGCCCAGGGGGCGAGGAGCAGCGGAGGAAUCUCGAGCAACGCAUGA